CCGAGUCUUUUAAACUCCCAAACCCAAACCCAAAACCAUCCUAACUAGUUGGACACAGAAAAAAUUCCAGUUGGAGUUUUUUGUUCCCAGAUCGAUGUGCGUGUAACCGGAGCUCGGGGACAAAACGGUAAUUCCGGACCCUGAUCGUGAUCAGACUUGGCUACCAGUACCACCAGCUGCAAUGACUUCUACAGUAGUAGCAGUUCUCUCUCCUCCUCAUCUCUGACCCACCAAUCAACUCUCUCUGCACCAAGCCGCCUCAUAACUCACUCGCUCACACUCUCUUCUUCUUCCCCCAACACACUUUGCCCUUUUUAUUACCUUUUAAGCAAUUCGUGCCUAGAGCCCUUAAGCCCAAGUCCUCCAAAACCCUUCCCGUAGUGAGUGCCAAGAAUUGUCUGAAAAUUACUAUUCCUAAUCCUCUCUGUGUCUCAGUCUCGCACGUACCACAAACCCAUUAAAGCUUUGGAGCGGGUUCAGUUCGGCCAGCUGAGAAACCCAACAGAGAGGAAAAACAAAGUUUCGAAAAAACGACGUCGGAGAGGAAAUGCUGGACUACGAAUGGGCCAACCCUUCCUCGGUCAUGCUGGAUGAAUCCGAAUCCGUCAACGGAUCCGACCCUAACCGACACCUUCACCACCACAACAGCAUUCUGGACCACUACUCCAGCACUCAGGCGGCCUUCAACAACCUUCUCCCUCCACAGCCUCACCAGCAGCAGCAGCAGUCGGCCGGCAGCGCAUUCGCCCACCAUUUCAACCAGGCCCAGGCCCAGGCCCACCAGGUGCACUCCCUCUUCGACCCCAGCGUCUUCGCCAGCGCGUCGUCCUACGCGCCGACGUCGGCUCACCACCACCCCCACCACUCCGUGCUGACCCUCGACCCGUCCAUCCCGGGCCACCACGGGCUCGUGUUGAUCCCCAAGAGCGAGGAUGUCUGUCCGCCCGCCGACUUUGCCACGAGGAUCGGACUUAACCUCGGCGGGCGGACCUACUUCUCGUCCGAGGACGACUUCAUGAACCGGCUCUACCGCCGGUCCAGGCCAGCCGACCACGGCCCGAUCAACUCCCCAAGAUGCCAGGCCGAGGGCUGCCACGCCGAUCUCUCCCAGGCCAAGCACUACCACCGCCGCCACAAGGUCUGCGAGUUCCACUCCAAAGCCUCCACCGUCAUCGCCAACGGGUUGACUCAGCGAUUCUGUCAGCAGUGCAGCAGAUUCCAUCUUCUUGCGGAGUUUGACAACGGAAAACGCAGUUGCCGGAAGAGAUUGGCCGAUCACAACCGUCGCCGGCGAAAAACUCAGCAACCAAAUCAAGAAAACCGCAGCUCUCAACAGCGGCAGGAAGGUACCCGGAAUUCAUCAUCAGACAAUGUUACAAAGUCUCCGGCGGAAUCAGCAGGUCAUUCGUCUUCGGCUGUGACUGUGGCCCUGUCGCCGCCGCGAAUGGGGUUGGAUUGUUUUAGGCCAAGGCAAUAUCAAAACACAACUUCUUCAGGGUCAUCAAGCUCACUUUUUUUCUCAAGUGGGUGAAAUGACCUCUUUCAUUUUUAAGGGUUCCAAGGAAGCUAGAGCUAGUAGCCAGGAAGGAAGCAAGACUUAGCAAUUUAGAUAGAUGAAUGAAAGCAGUUUAAGUAGUUAAUUUGAUUGAUGUCCUCGUCCAUCUUUAAUCUUCCCUAAAUUUUCAGUCCUAGCUAGUCUGAAAAUGAAUUAUUAUGAUCAUGAUCAUUACAUGUGCAGUAUUGAAUUGAUUUGCCAA